CCAUCUCCCCACAGCCACCAUCAUGACCCCGGGGUCAGUUUGUCACAAAGACUCCAUUUCUCCCUGCCUUGAGCUGCUCCUCAUGCAGCUGGGGGAAAAUUCCUGCUGCUCCUCAGCUGGGGGAAAACCACCGGGACACCCUUUUGGGGGUCAGGGACAUAGCACCUUCCUUCCCACCACAGAGCCAUGGGGGUGCUGAUGUCCAGGAGGCAGACGGUGGAGAGGGUGCAGAAGGUCAGCUUGGCCGUGUCAGCCUUCAAGGAUGGGCUGCGGGAGCAGCCAUCGACACGGCGUCGGGCGGAGGCGGGGACCGCACGCCAGGGGACGCUGGAGCAGGAGGUGCAGGAGGGAGAGGAGGACGCGCUGGCAGGACCUUCCCAGCCGGAGGAGAGCAGUGCCAGCAAGGCAGCCUGGGAGCGGCUGCGGGAUGGCCGGGGCGUGGAGCCAGAGGAGUUUGACCGGGCCAACAGGUUCACACCACCAGCCUUCAUCCGGCCCAAGAGGGAGCUCCACGAUGAUGAGCCCCCGGACAUCAGCCUGGAGCAGAGGGAGCAGAUCCUGAAUGAUGAGAUGUGUGAGAUCUGUGAGGUGUGGACAGCCGAGAGCCUCUUCCCCUGCCGCAUCUGCCACCGGGUGUACCACGACGGCUGCCUGCGCCGCAUGGGAUACCUGCAGAAGGACAGCGCCGUGGAGGUGACAGAGACGGCGCACACCGAGACCGGCUGGAGCUGCUACUACUGCGACAACCUCAAUCUGUUGCUGACAGAGGAAGAGAUGUACAGCCUGAUGGAGACCCUGAGGAACUGCAAGAUCAUUCCAGAGAGCUGCCUGACCCUGGAUGACUUCCUGCACUACAAACACCAAGUGCACAAGCAGCAGUUCGAGCGGACCAUGCCCGAGGCACAGGAGGAGCAGGCAGCCCUGCAGUUCAAUGCCCUGGACCCCGACAAGAAAGGGCACAUCGAGUGGCAGGACUUCCUCUCCCAUGAGUCCAUCCAGCUGCUGCAGAAAAUACGGCCGCAGAAUGCCCUUCUGCGGUUGCUGACACCCAAGGAGCGGGAGCGAGCACGGACAGCUUUCCUGGCCCUGGACCUGGACAAUGACGGCUUCAUUGGGGAGGCUGAGUGCCGUCAGGCCCGGCACACCUGGUUCCGCAAGCACCAAAAGGAGAUGCUGUCCUGCAAUGUCAGCAUCAGCCAUGUGGGACCCAUAUCAGAAGGCAGCCCCGCCAGCAGCAGGAACGGCAAGAGCCCAGAGAAGAUCCUGCCAGCCGCAAAGCAGGAGGAGACCAGGAGCAUUGACUGGCCCGGAUUCCUGCGGGAGAACGUUGCCUACAUCCUGGCCGCACGCCCCAACAGCGCAGCCCUGCACCUGCAGCCCCUCGCCUAGACCCGGCCGCGCCUCGAGGGCGUGGUGCCACGCCCGCCAUGGUGACCUGCCCCACCCUCCCCCACGGGCACAGCUGAGUGCUGAUUGGCUGGAGGUGAAGUGGCCAUGGCUGUCCUCUGCCCCGCCUCCCCCUUGGAUUGGUUGUGAAGAGGAUGUUUGCCAGGCUCUAAUUGGCUGAGAGAGCAGGAGCGACUCUCGGGUCUCUGAUUGGUGUGG